AUGACAUCUACAGAAUUUCUAUGGACCCUUGAUGAACUUCAGCCCCAUGAGAUUCAGUCCGUCUUCCGAGACACAAUCUUGUCGUUUGUGAUUGUGUCCCAACACAUUGAUCAAACAUUGAGCAAUUACGUCAAAUACAUGGAACCAUGGUUGCGGUAUCCAUGGAACUUUAAACAGCCCCAAUUCCAAGCACUCACAUUCAAUGUCGUUGAAUACAUUUAUGGAGAGCUCAAUUACCACGAGCACGUACUAGAUAUGGAAUUAUUCAUUGCUAUUCUCCUCGACUUUACCAAGUAUGAAGAUUGCUACGUCCAUGUAUUUGAUUCGGUGACACUCGAGCCCGUGUUGGCAACAUGCCAUGAUGAGCUUAGGGCCGAGUUACAAGAUGUGACCACGUCACGGAAUAGAGUUUGGCUACAUGAUGGAGGAUGCAUUGUGUUGAAUCGACUCAUUGAUCAAGGUGGAUAUUUGCCAUUGCAGGAAGCCAUUAAGCAAAUUUUUGUGGGAGAUUAUAAACAGGACGAUACAUUGACCACCGCAUUGAAAAACAAGUGUAAUUUGGAUACAGGAUUGAGCCAUGUGCAUGAUGUCACCUUCACAUUUCCUGUUCCAGUGGCAAAACUAGCUACAGCAGAUCCAAUGGUGGUUGCGAAAAGUUUAGAGGCGCUUGAGAAUGAAGAGGAGGUUGAACCACUAGUGUUUGAAGAGGGAAUGGAAGUUACAUUGCCUGUAAACAGUGUGCACCUUGGUGUGUUGUUGGGAAUUGCGUCAGCUUUAGGCAAACCGCGAGAGUUGAGUGGGAUUGUAUUAUCGGGUCUACAAAAGUAUUAUGCAGGUAAAGAAGAACCAAAAGUGCCCGAAACAAUAAAGCCUUCGUCACGAACACUACUACAGGACGAACUAAUGAAUAGAGGGAUAAUAUUGGAACGUGUUCCUGAGGAUACCGAAUUGGUUGAAAUGAUCGCCGACAUCAACAAACCACAAAUGGAAGAUGAAGAACAGUAUGCCAGAAACCUUCAGCAAGUGUUUGAGGAAGGACUCGACGAAUUUGAGGAUAUGAUCGAUGAGGAAUACGCAGAGGAGCGAGAUAAUGAAACAGACGACGAUCUCACAGAUGACGAUUUGAAUGUGUUUCGAUGGCGAUACUAUGAUAUUUCAUCCGAAUGGCUUCCCCGUGAUCAAGUUGCUCAAAAGUAUCAAGAAUUCAAGACAUCAAUUUUGCAUAAAACAGCUGUAUUCAAAGAUGACUUCAAGAACACCGAGUUUGAAGAUUUCCCCGAAUUUUUGGAACUGGAAAUCAUUUUGGAGAUGAGUGGUGUCAAAAACAAGUAUGGUGAUGAUUCGGAUCAAAGUGAUGACGCUACGGAAAUAUACCAAGGGGAUAUGGCGUAUGAUGAGUAUUUGAAGUUUAGGAGUAAAUUAAGACAAGAGGGUGCUAAUGUUAGCGAUGAGGAGCCAGAAGACGAUGAUGAUGAUGAUGAUGAUGACGAUUGGGAGAAUGUCGAUGACGAUGAUGAUGCCGAAGGCGAUGAUGAGCUAGUAAGUGACGAUAGUGACGAAGAUAUUGCCGGCAAGUAUGUACAAAAACCGGUACUUGAAACGUUGGAUGAAGAGCCGUCAUCGCUCGAAUACGAAGAGUUGGAUCCUAAAUUAACGAAAAGGGAAAUUGAACGCCUUACAUCCACAAUGAAGUCACUAAGGACGAGCGAGGAUACCAAUCUUGAACUGAAAAUUAAGAAAGGGAAAUGA